AUGUCCCGUAUUGCGGUGCGUGUCAUUAACGGCGUUGUCAGUGAACACAUAGAUAAUAACAGCAAUGAACGGCUAUUGGAUAAAAUAACACGAACAUUCCCUAAAACUACUAUCAUUCCACACACACUUACAGAUACUAUUCCACUUGUGCAGUCUUUACUUGAUAGUUCUCUUGGUUUUUUAUGGUUGGAUGGUGGUUACAAUAGUGAUAGUAGAGAUGAGGGUACACGGCUUACAUCCCCUGCAUUUCACUGUGGAUCCACCUAUAUUGGAAGUGACCCAUUGGGAUGGUACUGUAGUGGAUUUCUACCAGCAUUAGUUCAUUUAUUAUUAUUAACUGAAAAGACACAAGUAAUGAGGAGUUAUAUAGAUAAGAAUGUAGAUCCUUCUGAGACUUUACGAUUACGAUGGUGUGCGGUACGUUCCUUUCAUACACGUGUGGUAGAUUUAAUUGAUCCAUUUGUCUCUAGUGUUGUGAAUGGGAGUUCAUCCUCUGAAAUGGAUGAUAGAGAUCAUUAUAUAAAUAGAUCUACACUACGGCAUUUGGUUCUUCGUAGUGUGAGUGAGUUUGUUCAACAUGUGGAGCGUGUGGUGGUAACUCCUUCCUUUCGUACUGUACGGGAAUCUCUUUCUCAUAUCUUUUGGUUUACAAAGAGGGGAAUUUCAUACGUUGUGUGUAUUGUGCAGGAAACACAUACAUCAGUUUUCGCAGAUCUCCUCAACUCUUCACUUAACUUUAGUGAACAGGAGGAAGAUGAUUUAUCUUUUCUUCGCACUAUACAAGCUGUGAAGGUGGCGAUCGCAUUAAAUGAGAAACUAUUCCACAUACCAAAAACAAUACAACCCACCCAUCCACACAAUAAUAAGAAUAAGAAUAAUAAUAAUAAUAAUAAUAAUAAUAAUAAUAAUAACAAGAGUUAUAUUGAUACGAAUAGGAGGAGGAGUAGUAGUAGUAGUUCUUCUUCUUCUAGUAGUAUUAGUAGUAAUUCUUUAUCCCAUUCUUCUUGUUCUUAUCGGUGGUGGUGUUUCCGUAUUGGUUCUCAUCAAUGGAAUGAUCCACUUGGUGUUCUCGCAUUACUACAACAGUUGGAGUCUGGGAACAUCCCAUCAUCCGUCUCGUUAACCCGCCGCAGUACAGUCCGGCGCAUUACACCGUUAGAGAUAUCAACACUAAAAGAAGAAAAAGAAAAAGAAGAAAAGAAGAACAGAAAAAAUGGAAAUCAUAUCAUAGACGCACCACCAUUACAUUCAAUGUCAUCCAUAUCUUUACAAGACGUUGAAGACUCUAUCGCUAUGGAGCCCUCUUCCUCUCAAAGUAUCACACAUCUCAAGGAACGACUGCAAUUAGAAGAAGAAAGAUUUAAACAAUUAACAGCAGAGUUGCAGCAAUCAAAAGAGCAUGGUCUAUUUCUUGAACACGAAGUACACACAGCAGAGGAGAAUGUAUCGACACUACGUGAAGACAUCCAAUCUUUAAAAGACACUAUACAAUCUGCGGACGAUAUCCAAACAGAUGGACCUCAGCCUAAUCAUGAUCAAUCUAAACAGCAAUAUACUCUAGAAGAUGUAAAGGCACAUUACCAAGAUGUAGAAGAACAACUGAGACGACAAUACCAAACACGCAAGACCGCAUUAGUACACCAACAAGAAGCCGAACAGACAUGUAUAGAUGCAUUGAUCGCAGAAUAUGCAGAGAAGCGUCGUCUUGAAUAUGAACAAGCACAAGGGGAGUUACAGACUUUACAAAUAGAUAUAAAAGCCGCUGAAGAGGAAAUGAUACGUUUACAGGAUGAAGUAAAUCAUGAAAAUAUAUCAACCUUUUCUUCUUUGAAUUUUCAUACUAAUGGAUAUCCACUACCAAGUACUGGGAAUGAUGUACUUACGAAUGAAUUAGAUCACUUGGGAGAUAAUCAUAAUAAUAAUAAAGUAAGUAAAGAUGAUAAAACCCUUUCACCUUUUCUUCAGGAGAAGAAGCGUGAGUUGGAGCGAAUGCAGUUAGAGAUGUGUUUAUUACAAGAAGAAGUGGAUGCGGAACGAAAGUUAGCACUUCAUAUGGCCUCCAUCUCUGAAGAAAAUAAAUUCCACAAGGCAGAAAAGAAGAAUUCAUCACAGCAGAAACUAUUUAAAUUGUAUAAUAUGGAACGGCGAAGUUUACAGUGGUGUGAAGUACGUGAUCGUGCCCUUUUAGAGUCUGAAUACCAUCAAUCUCUUAUGGCAUCUUGGAGGCAUUAUAAGGAUAAAAUAAAGAGAAUGAUGACAACUGUUAAUAAUAAUAAGAAUAGUAAGGAGAAGAACAAUGAUGAUGAUGAUGAUGAUGAGAAUGAGAAGGAAAAGAAUAAAAAGGAUAAUGCGAAUAUAUCGACACCAUCAUUAUCAGCUGCAUUACAGCGUGCUGCUGAAGACUACGCCCUGGUGCAGCAGGAGUGGGAAAGAGAAGAGAAACAACAGAUGAAACUCUCUUGGCGUAUGGAGGAUGAGAGAGAUUCACUUGUAGAGAAUAAUGCUGCUCUGCGGCGAGAAGUAAAGGCCCUACAGGCGAAGUGUAGUAAGAAGGGACAAGAACAACGGGAAACCAUCACAGAAUUAGAGAGUACAAUUCAACAUCGAGCAUCACUGGUGUUUUCUCGUAUUGUCAGACUUCUAGAAAGUCUCUCACAUGAGAAAUGGAGGGAACACAGGGAUAUUAAUAAUAAUAAUAAUAAUAAUAAUAAUAAUAAUAAUAGAAGUGGUCUGGAGAAUAAAGGUGUAUAUCGUGCCCUUCGGAUUGCAUUGUUAGCCGGUUGUCAUCGUCCAAGUGGGAAAACACAAUGGAAUAAACAGAAUGACACUUCUCCAUUCUCUCAGGUUAAAACAAGAGAGAUGGAUAAGAAGAAUGAAGGAUUGGUACAACCACUCUUGCAGCAACAUGAGCAAAGAGAAGAACAACAAAAGGCAUGUGAAUAUUAUCUGCAGUUGUGUGAAGAUUUAGAAGAACGGACUCGUCUGCAGGCGGAAGUUAAACGCCGAUUGGAGUCCUCUCGUGUAUUCGAAACAUCCCUGUUAGAGAUCCGUCGCCGCAUACAAGUGGAACAACAGACAGUUCGUCAACUUGCUGCCAUUGCCACAGAGCUUGAAGUGUUGAAGUAA